AUACAGAUUUGGACGAAUUAUUAUUUUUUUUUUUUUUGCUGUGUGUCUACUCAUGCCCAGAACAAAGAAACUCAAAAUAAAUGAGUACUGGACCAAAGACUGUUUGCUGAGAACGCCAAUGUUUGGUGAAAUUAUGUCGAGGGACAGAUUUUUAUUAUUGUUAAGAAUGUUGCAUUUCUCGGACAAUAAUGCUGAUGCAGGUGGCGACAAACUGUUCAAAAUUAGACAUGUGAUCGACAGUUUGCGUGCAUCGUUUCGUGGGGCGUUUUUGCCUUAUCGAGAUGUGGUUGUUGACGAGUCGCUACUUCUUUUCAAAGGAAGGUUGUCAUUCAAACAGUACAUUCCGUCAAAGAGAAGUAGAUUUGGUGUAAAAACUUUUGUAAUGUGUGACUGCAGAACUGGGUAUAUUUUAGAUUUCAUUGUGUACACUGGUGUCAACAGUGACAUUACUGUGUCAGGUUUAGGGAAAGGGGCUGAUAUUGUUUCAACUUUGCUGGCCCCCUAUCUACAGAAAGGCCCCAGACUUUAUGUAGAUAACUGGUACACAAGCCCAGAUUUGUUUAUGUGGCUUCAUGGUCAGGCUACAAAUGCGUGUGGUACUGUACGUAAAACAAGAAAACACAUGCCCAAAAUGGAGCAAAAAUUAAAGAAAGGAGAAGUUAGUUCCAAGUCUGCUGCAUGUUUAUUAGCUAUCAAAUGGUGUGACAAACGAGAGGUGUGGAUGCUGACAACAUGCCACGAUUCAGGAAUGGUAGCAACAGAAAAAAUAGACAGGAAAACUGGGUUAACUAUUGUAAAGCCACAAUGUGUUGUGGAUUACAACAAAUGCAUGGGUUCAGUAGAUC